GAAGCGCCGCAUCGGCCAUUUUGGGCUCAAAGGGGGCUUUUCUGUCACCACGUGAGGGCUGGGUUAAUUAGUCCGACACGGGCGCUAAAUCGAGCCGAGCGAGGACUCUGAGAACAAGGGGGUGAAAACCGGGCAAGACGCUGCUUCUCAAACCUGCACUCGCUUCACAUGUGCUGAAAUAGAGAGUGAACAGGAUGCCGACAGUCACUCUGCCUCCCAAAGAAAACGCUCUGUUCAAGAGGAUCCUGAGAUGUUACGAACAUAAGCAGUACAGAAAUGGGCUGAAAUUCUGCAAACAGAUCCUCUCCAAUUCUAAGUUCUCAGAACAUGGAGAGACGCUGGCGAUGAAGGGCUUGACGCUAAACUGCCUGGGGAAGAAAGAAGAAGCCUAUGAACUUGUCCGCCGAGGACUCCGAAAUGACCUGAAGAGCCACGUCUGUUGGCAUGUGUACGGCCUGCUCCAAAGGUCUGACAAGAAGUACGACGAGGCUAUUAAGUGUUACAGAAACGCAUUGAAAUGGGACAAAGACAACUUGCAGAUCCUUCGAGAUCUGUCUCUACUGCAGAUCCAGAUGAGAGACCUGGAGGGGUACAGGGAGACGCGGUAUCAGCUGCUGCAGUUGCGUCCUGCCCAGCGGGCGUCGUGGAUUGGUUAUGCCAUUGCGUAUCAUCUUUUAGAAGACUAUGAAAUGGCUGCUAAAAUCAUUGAGGAGUUUAGAAAAACACAACAGACAUCGCCUGAUAAGGUGGAUUAUGAGUACAGUGAGCUGCUGUUGUAUCAGAAUCAGGUCCUGAGAGAAGCAGGACUCUUUAGAGAAGCUCUUGAGCAUCUCACCACCUACGAGAAGCAGAUCUGUGAUAAACUGGCCGUGGAGGAAACCAAAGGUGAGCUUCUGUUGAAUCUGGAGCGGUUUGAGGAGGCGGCAGAUGUGUACAGAAGACUGCAGGAGAGGAAUCCGGAGAACUGGUUGUAUUACCACGGCCUGGAGAGAGCCCUCAAGCCUGCAAGUACAGAAGAAAAGUUGAAGAUCUAUGAGGAGGCCUGGGAGAAAUACCCUAAAGGUCUCGUUCCUCGCCGGUUACCACUCAGCUUCCUGUCGGGGGAUAAGUUUCGGGAGUGUCUGGAUAGGUAUUUAAGAAUGAACUUCAGUAAAGGCUGUCCUCCAGUCUUUACCACACUCCGAUCUCUCUAUCAGGACAAAGAGAAGGUCUCUAUAAUUGAAGAAUUAGUUGUUGGUUUUGAAACGUCGUUACGAAGCUGUCGAAUGUUCAGCCCUGAUGAUGAUGGUAAAGAGGAGCCACCCACCACGUUACUGUGGGUGCAGUAUUUCCUAGCCCAACAUUAUGAUCAGAUCGGCCAGCACAGCAUGGCUCUUGAAAACAUCAACGCUGCCAUUGAGAGCACACCGACUCUCAUAGAGCUCUUCCUCAUUAAAGCCAAGAUAUACAAGCAUGCUGGGAACAUACGAGAAGCAGCUCGCUGGAUGGAUGAAGCUCAGGCUUUGGACACCGCCGACCGCUUCAUUAACUCCAAAUGCGCCAAGUAUCUUCUUAAAGCCGGCCUUGUCAAAGAGGCUGAGGAAAUGUGCGCCAAAUUCACAAGGGAGGGAGCAUCUGCGGUGGAGAAUCUGAAUGAGAUGCAGUGCAUGUGGUUCCAGACCGAAUGCGCUCUGGCUUAUAAAUCCAUGAAGAAAUGUGGAGAAGCACUCAAAAAAUGCCACGAGAUUGAAAGGCACUUUGUAGAGAUAACAGAUGACCAGUUUGACUUCCAUACGUACUGCAUGCGGAAGAUGACGCUGCGUUCCUAUGUUGACCUGCUCAAGCUGGAAGACGUGUUACGAAUGCACCCGUUUUACUUCAAAGCCUCACACACCGCCAUCCAAAUCUACCUCAACCUGCACGACAACCCGCUAACAGAUGACAGCAAAGAGCUACAGGCCGAUACUGGGAAUCUGACUGACAAAGAACUGAAAAAAUUAAGGAAUAAGCAAAGGCGAGCGCAGAAAAAAGCACAGCUGGAGGAGGAGAAGAAGAACGCAGAGAAGGAGAAACAGUUGAAGAACCAGAAAAAGAAAAAAGAGGAUGAUGACGAAGAGAUUGGCGGGCCUAAAGAGGAACUCAUACCAGAGAAACUGGCCAGGGUGGAGAACCCAUUAGAUGAAGCUGUGAAGUUCCUGACACCGCUGAAAAACCUGGUGAAGAAUAAGAUAGAGACACACCUUUUGGCCUUUGAGAUCUACUUUAGGAAAGAAAAGUUCCUGUUAAUGCUGCAGUCAGUGAAGAGAGCUUAUGCAAUAGACCCCGACCACCCUUGGCUACACCAGUGUCUAGUGCGCUUCUUUAAAGGAGUGUCUGAAAGCAAAGAUCUAGCAGAAUCAGUCAGCAUGGUGCUCAAGCAGGAAAUCUCCAGGCUGUUUGGGGAAAGUAAUGCGAAGAGUUUUAAUCAGGCCUUCCUCACCAAGCACUCCAGUUCCAUCCCUCACCGAGUAGCAGCUGCCAAAAUGAUGUACUACUUAGAUUCUUCAACACAGAAGAAAGCUGUGGAACUGGCUAUAGCACUUGACGAAGCACUCGACAACAGAAGUAUUCAGAUCUGCACGGAGGUUUUGGAAGGCCUGCAAAAUGGCAGCCUCGGAGAAGCUAAAGAAACUGCCGAGUCGUACAGAGCGGAGUGUCAUAAAAUCUACCCCUAUACACUGGCCUUCAUGCCUCCGGGCUACGAGGAGAACAUGAAGAUUGCGGUCAAUGGAGAUGUGUCCACAGAAACCGAGGAGCUGGCCAAUGACAUGUGAACAUUUUGAAGAGGGCGAAAUACUGAUGGAGGAGGUGGAAUGGCGAAGCGGUGCGGUGCGGCAACACCACUGUCCAACACCCAAGACGGUUGGCAUUGACUAUUGUUUUGCAAUUGUGCGAGGAACUUCCUGCGAUCUUCUACGCCCCCCAAGAAAUUGCGGUUAGAACUGACAGACAAUGACUGUGUUUUGGAAUGGAGAACGAAGAGGGGCUGGGCGGGAGAUAAGAAUAAAAAUGCCCAUUAUACUUUUUUAACCUUGCUGAUGACUACUCUCUAACUGAAAACUAGUCAAACAUGCAUCCCAUUUUGAAAUACAGUAUGUCUGAAUGCAAACUUUGUGCAAUGGCGAGAGCAAAAUCCCAUAGUCAGCAAACCAAGCAAGAGAAACACACUCAAACCCAUCUUUCCCCUGUUUUAAAGAGUAAUUUAUAUGAAAAAAAUAAAAGCUUAAAAAGGAUGUGUUGUUCUGAAGAUCUGCUUUCAGUUGCUGUGAAAACGCGUUGGACAUGUUUUAGGGAACGGGCUUGUCGUGGACGGGAAGUGAUGUCGUAAUGGGGAAGCAGCAUAUGUAGAGGCUCCUUACUGCCUUUCUCGGAGAACAAAACAAAAAUGAUGGAUGAGGCGGUACUCAACUACAGGAAACUGUGAUCAAGAGAGCCUGUGAAACCUGUCUGCUUUACCUUGCCUCGUUCUGUCACUCUGUCUGAUACAAUUGGGCUACAGUGUUCAAAGAAAAGUUGUAUUAUAAAGAUUUUUUUUUUGUAAUAAAAAAUUAAACCGUGCGAGCACAUUUGACAGCA